UACGCUUUUGGUCCCUGUGUGCACUUGUGAGAGGAUCCCUAAGCCUCUGUUGCCGUGAAGAGAAGUUGUGAAGCCAAACAGCCACAGCACAGCAGCAUAUAGCAACAGCAAUAGCAAGAGAGCUCAAGAGCCAAGAGAGGAAACAGUCAGACAGAAAGGCAGGCAGGCAGGCAAGCAGACGUGAGAGGCAAGCCAAUACUGGAGACACUGCUUGCCUCAGAAUCUUAGCCCCGGAGAUGGACCCUAUCUGCAGGCAGGGGAGAGAGAGACAGCCAGGGCAGCAGGGCAGGAGAGAGGCAGGCAGAGGGAACGAUUCGCUUGCAUUGGCUUCUAAUGCUGUUUGAGAGGCUCAGUGCUGCCAGGGGCAAGCUGCUGCACACUUCAGAGAGACAAUAUCAACAGCAACCAUAACAAGAGCCACUACAGCUGGGAACCGGGGAACCAGAGGACAGACAGACAGACAGGCACACAGGGAGCAGAGCUGGGGACAGACGGAUGUGGACGGACAAGGUGCCCUGCAGUCCUGGGUGUGUGACGGAGUGAUGCAGCCCAUGAAGAGGACGAUGCCGCCCUGGACCCUGGCUCUGGCGUUGGUGCUAAUGGCAGUCGCAUCUUACUGCCAGGGCUGCCCCGCUCGCUGUGACUGCGCCCCCCAUGUCAAGUCGGUGGCGUGCCAUCGUAAGCGUCUGAACUCCAUCCCCGAGGGAAUCCCCACUGAGACCCGCGUGCUGGACCUGAGCAGGAACCGCCUGCGCUGCGUGGCGUCGGGGGACCUCACCCCCUACCCCCUCCUGGAAGAGGUGGACCUCAGCGAGAACAUCAUCUCCCUCCUGGAGCCUGGCGCCUUCGCCAGCCUCUACAGCCUAAGGGUCCUCCGGCUCAGGGGCAACCAGCUCACAAUAAUCCCCGCAGGCAGCUUCUCCAGGCUGGCCAACCUCACCCAGCUGGACCUGAGCGAGAAUAAGAUCGUUAUCUUGCUGGACUUCACCUUCCUGGACCUGCGGAGCCUGAAGAACCUGGAGGUCGGGGACAACGACCUGGUCUACAUCUCCCACAAGGCCUUCAGCGGGCUGCUGGGGCUGGAGGAGCUGACCAUCGAGAGGUGCAACCUGACCGCUAUCUCCGGCCAGUCGCUGUCCUACCUGAGGGGGCUGGUCACCCUGAGGCUGCGGCACCUGGCCAUCCCUGCCCUGGAGGACCAGAACUUUAAGAAGCUGUCCGGGCUGAGGGAGCUUGAGAUCGACAAUUGGCCCCUGCUGGAGUACAUCUCCCCUUCCAGCUUCCAGGGUCUCAACCUCUCCUGGCUGUCCAUCACCAACACCAACAUCACCGCGGUACCUUCCCCCGCCUUCCGCAACCUGACGCACCUCACCAACCUCAACCUCUCCUACAACCCCAUCAGUGUGCUGGAGCCCUGGGCCUUCAAGGACUUGGUCCGUCUGAAGGAGCUGCACCUGGUCAGCACUUUGCUGGUCACUGUGGAGCCCCAGGCCCUGGGAGGGCUGAGGCAGAUCCGCGUCCUCAACGUGUCCAACAACUUCCUUGUCACGCUGGAGGAGGGCUCCUUCCACUCCGUCAACAGCCUGGAGACCCUCCGCAUUGACGGCAACCCCCUAUCCUGCGACUGCCGUCUGUUGUGGAUCCUGCAGAGGCGCAAGACCCUCAAUUUCGACGGCAGGCAGCCCACGUGUGCGGGGCCCGCGGAGGUGCGGGGGAAUGUCCUCAGCACCUUCUCGGACUCGGCGCUCUUCGACUACUUCACCUGCCAGAGGCCCAGGAUCCGGGAACGCAAGCUGCAGCACGUGGCGGCCAAGGAGGGCCAGCAGGUGUCCUUCUUGUGCCGCGCGGAGGGGGAGCCCCCGCCAACCGUCGCCUGGGUGUCACCCCAGCGGAGGAAGAUCACCACCAAGAACUUGGGCCGCAUCACCGUGCUGCCAGGAGGAACGCUGGAGAUCCGCUACGCCCAGGUCCAGGACAGCGGCACCUACAUCUGCAUCGCCAGCAACGCCGGCGGCAACGACACCUACUUCGCCACGCUGACCGUGAAGAGCCAGCCCCUGGACGCAUCCCUGUACGCCAACCGCUCCUUCUACCUGGGUGACUUCAACGAGACCAGCCUGAACGACACCAGAGUCUUCCUCAAGUUCACCCUGGACCUCAAGACCAUCCUGGUCUCCACGGCGAUGGGCUGCAUUACCUUCAUGGGCGUGGUCCUCUUCUGCUUCCUGCUGCUGUUCGUGUGGAGCCGCAGCAGGGGCCAGCACAAGAACAAUUUCUCCGUGGAGUACUCCUUCCGCAAGGUGGACGGGCCGGUCGCCAGCGGGGGGCAGGGAGGAGCCAGGAAGUUCAACAUGAAGAUGAUCUGAAGUUACGCAGCCAGGAGUUCCCCUGGGGAAGAAUGAGUAUAGCCCUAUGUUGCACAAGUCCAAAAUUUGAAUAAAAUAAAUUAAAAAAAAAAAAAAAAUAAGUAAAUAACGAUCAAAAUUACUUGCAAUCUGAAUUAAGAUUUUAACCCCUAGAUUUUAACUUAAUUUCUGAUUUAUUUAUUUUUCUUUUUGUUUUACUAUUUUUUAAAUUGAAAGCAACUGCAAUAAGCAGUCUUAUGUUUUCAGACAGUCACAAAUGUGCAGUUGGGUUAAACUGAAGAGUCUUUUUUUUAUUGAUCAUUCUAGUUGGACCGUCCGGCAGGCUGGACGAACACUUGACUUAGUAAUAUAUAACCUUAUUAUAAACACUUAUGAUUAUUAUAAAUACAGUAUAUAUUAUAUUAUAUUAUAUUUUAAAAAUUAAUAACUUUUACUUAAAUCUACUUAAAUCUGGGCCGUCUAAUUGAAAUGUGCGCAGGAUGCAAUGCAACAUGGGACUGACGCACUGACCGCUACUUCACUCAUAACAUCUGCAAAAACUCACCCCCUAAAUGAUGCUGUUUGCUGCACACAACGCAAGACUCUGCUGACUCUCUCAGGAACUGUUUGACCAGUUUUGCUAUGAAAGAAGCCCUGGUGGAUAGCCGCUGUGAGCAGAGCACACGGGUGAGUGUCUUAGGUGCGGUGGCGGUCAGUGCGUUAACAACUCUGUCCCCAGUCUUUAACUACGGUCCCCGAUCAGCCAUGUCUGUGCGCUGGGUCUGUAGUACACAUUGGGAACUUCUGGCUGGGUUCGUUCAUCUGACAAUCACAUGUCACACAAAGAACCACCCCUUCAUUCCUCACUUGUUCCUCCCAGUCCAUUUUUUUUUUGUUUCAACCAGCACCUGUUCGUUCCCCCCCCACCCCCCCCCCCCUCUUCUUUUGUUUGAUUUUUUAAAUUUGUAUUUCCAGGAGUCUGAUGACUACCAAACAGAGCAGUUACUUGAGCUUCAGCCUUUAAAAAACAUUGGGGAAAAAAAAAGUGAUGAAAAAUACGCAAAGUGAAAAACUCUUUUUAAGCUCCAGGUUGAAACAAAAAAAAUAUUGAACUGGGAGACUGUGGUUUGGAAACUGCUGAUUUCUUAUAUAGCUAGCACAAACAUCUACUGUACAGAACUGAUCUAUCCUUGCAACAUUCCAGAAAUACAAUCUACAAUAGCCUGGCGAGUAAGACAGUUUAUAUUAGAAUUUCUCCAAGACUCUAUCCUGUUUUUUGUGUUGUUUGCUUAUGGGGAGUGGGGUGGGGGUGUGUAUUAACUCAUUUUGUUUUAGAUUUGAAACCUGCAAACAAUCUCCGAUCCCUACUCGUGUCAUCACCUCUCAAUUUCGGACCAAAGGAUUUGAUUGCUAGAUUACUAGAAACUAUUAACUGGACUGGCCACAACACAAGUAGGCUGCUUUCCAGGACGUUGUGAAACUGUUUAAGAGGCCUGCGCAAACCUUCCCUGGGAGCCCAUAGCUCCUAAGCUGCAGGUGGCUAAUAAUGUAUCGUAUACAAUUUUUCAAAGUACAAAGCAAUAAACCUUUUCGAUACAGGUACCCGCGGGGGAAAAAAAACACGUCAUCUUCACACUGUGAAACUUUGUGUGUGGUUUUUUUUUUUCGAACCCGGAUCUCAAGAGAGACGCCGUUUUAAACAUCGGCUGAAAUGCAAUCGGCAAUAAGUUGUUUGGGGACUUCUCUCGUUUCCCUCCCGGCACCUCAUGAUUACAACAGAGGAGCUGACACAGAACUGGAAAAAUGCACAAUACCCUGAAGGGAAUUCCACAGCACUGGUGAGCAGCACUGGUUUAUACUGGUCAGAGGUGGUAGUGCAAGUUUUCAACUGGUCUCAGUACUGGUUUCUGCUGGUUUGAGAAAAUGUUAAAGCCCCUUUUACUGUUGUUAAAGUCAGGUGACUGCUGACUGCACCCUUACACUGUACACCUGUACAGGGGGGUUAAAUCCCUCAGUCCAAGGGUCCACAAACGUGGACAUAAAACUAUGCGUUAAAUAUAGAAUAUGAGUCUUGUGUGCGAUGUUGAAAAGUAGUUUAAAAUAAUAACAUUGGGUCUGUAGGGGGAUAUGGUAACCAGUUAGAAACCAGUACUUCACCGUUGCUGGUCACCAGCUCACCGAAACCAGCUGGGAUUUUCAUCAUCAGGGGCGGCAGUUCAAACAGGGAGGAACUGGAGAAAACCAGGUAGGCAGGCGUUUCGACAAGGUCUUUCACAGCUUGAGUAGGAGUAGGCGGCAGAGUGGUUUGAACAUCACAAUCGAUUUCUAAUGCAUUCAUAUGCUGUCAUAGACAAAUGCAACAGUCACUGUCUGCUUAAUGGUUAGUUUGUGAUACACCUUUGCUAAUGCAUGCGUGUGUGUUCGGGGGUGGAAAGAUGAAUCAAGAACAGCUCUGUGUUUUUACUCGAAUGUUCCAGUUUCAUAAUACCUCUGCAGAAUUUAGGAUCGAGUGCUUGGAUUAUGGAGAUAUGGACAAACCGUAUUGCAUAUUAUUAUUAUUAUUAUUAUUAUUAUUAUUAUUAUUAUUAUUAUAAUAAGCCAUUCACCUCAUGUGGCCUCACAGAGUAAGACCUCUUGUCGAAAUGCUUGUCUACUGGACUGAAGAUUUAUAUGUUUCUUCUUAUAUAACACAAAAUAAUGCAGUCUGCCCCUGCCUCUGUGUGUUUAUUUGUAUAAGCUUACUGGAGACCCGCAUUGAGGUCCAUCUUUUGUUUGUAUUCUCAAGUUUUGCUAAAGAUUUUAAAGAACUAACUAACUGGAGUGAAUAUGGGGGAGGGAGAGAGGGGGGGAUGCAGUGACUCAGCAGGGGUGUGCAAAACAGAAAAAAAAACAAAACACUUUCCCUUUAAGGUGUUAUUCUUUACCUUCGAUUCUAAUGGGAGAUUUCUACUCAGCACCUAAUGUACUCACGCUAUUAUUACCUGAUUCUAUAAAGGAUGGCCAGCUUUGUAAAGGCAUUGCUUUUUUUUCAAAGAGGAUAUGUUUCUUUUAAAGGGAAAGUCAAUUUUGAAUUAUCUGCACACCCCUGCCCCUGGCUCCCAGCCCUCUGCUCUAACCACCGAGCCUCUCCCUGAUCUUUUACUCAAGUCUUUCAGUGGAGAAUGCGCUCCAAACACAGUAAAUGCACCAAAAGCAUCAAAAGUGCAUUUUGAAGUGGACAAUAUUUAGAUCACUAUUAUACACUGCAGGGGCAUCAGAGGGACGGGGUAAGAUGUCAGUAGCGAUUAUGGAAGAGGGGCUCGUGUUCAACUGAAGAUCCAGCCCAGGAUUUAUACCAGCUGUUCAGGGCCUUGGCCUCAUGUUCUGUGAGCGAGUGAGACAGACAGACAGGAUUUCGAGGCUUGCCACCGAAGCCUGAUGAAAAGUGACAAGCAGGUCCUACCCGCCCGACUGAAGUGAUUGACUGGACUGUGAAAAAACAAGACUGUCAGACCUGAGACAGACUGAGAGAGCAAGCCAGGACAGGGGGGGUUUCUAAAGAGAGAAUCUGCAUGCAUUAACAAUGCACACCUCCAGCCAGCGUCUUCCCUGGAUGAGGAGAUCACAGGCCUGCAGAGUUCAGAACCAACUUCCCCUUUAAGAGAAAAUCCUCUUUUUAAAUGCCAUUACAAAAUGGGCCAUCCUUCAUAGAAUCAAACCCCUCCUUUAAAGGGGAAGUGGUUUUAGCCACAAUAUUCGUGGAUGUUUUUGUGCAAAUCCCUGCAGCGUGCAGUACUACUUCGAAAGUGAAGUUUAGAAUAUUCAGGUGCUAAGUAGAAGAAAAAAAAAACGUGGAAUCAAAGGUAAAGAAAAAAAAAACACCUUAAAGGGGAAGUGAAGUUAGCCACAAUAUAUUUUUUGCUUGGUGAACUCUGUCGCAGGAGGCUCUAGCAGGAAGUUAUAUAAAAAAUGAAUAGGAAAGCAUAGGAAAACUGCCAAAAAUACUGUACAAAUUUACCGUGGGAGACUUUUAUAAGUGUUUAUCUCUUUUUCUCUCUCGUCUUGUCUUUUUCUGCUUAAUUACUGUCUAAUUCAAAAUCCUGACCAGGCUGUGGAUGACUGGGACGCUAGUCUGGAUUAAUGCUCGGUGUCUGUCUUCACCGAUCUUGUGGAUCUGUCAGUUGAGUUUGGAAGGUAGAACCGUGCUCUACUUAAUCAUCCAGCCACACAACUCCGCUCUCAGUUAAAGAGCUUUCAGCCCAGAAUCCGUACCUGCAGCGCGUCACACAAGCUCAGCUUAACAGAUAGGUGAAGACUCAGCUUUAGUUAUCCCAGUCUAGCUUCUCAGAACCUGUUUAAAACUCAACCACCCAUAGAAAUACAGUUUUUAUUUCACUUUUUUAAUAUAAUAUACUUAAAACGAGAAGAUCCCUUUGGAUAACUCAUCGACCCCCAGGCUAGAUGCACCCUCUCGGAAUGACAAAGGUCUACGGCAGUGGCUGUCAACCCUGGUCCUCAAAUUCAGGAUUUUGUUUCAGCCGUGGAACUAAGUACAGUAGAGUCCCCCUUUGCAACCAUCUUUCUAAAAGCUUCCCGUAGUAAAAUCAUGGCAAAGCGUGAUCAAGCUUAGCGAAAGUGUUGGCAAGUAUGACAAAGCCCUGAAAGAUACGGUAAAGCACAUUAAAAUGAAGACAAACCAUUGUAAGCUAUGGUAAAUGCGCGGGGAAAUUACUGUGCACAUUUACCAUGGUCAGCUUUUAUAAGGGGCAGCUCUAUGUAAAGAUCUGCUUGAGCCAGGACUAGCUUUCUACUAUUUUUAACCUGCAUUGCUUUCCAGCGCAUAUACAGCAAGACAGCCCCAAUCUAACCCUACCUGAGACUUGUUAAUUGGUUUGUACAUCAGACUCUUUCAACCCUGAGCUCAAACGGGCUGACAUCCACCGCUCCUCAGCAUCCAGUCUGACCUCCUCUGCAGAGACCCUUGAUCUAUGCAUGCUUUCUGUACUGUUACUUCCAAGCAGAAUUUGGGCUUGUUUGCCUACCAAUCACUCUCAGCGUUCUGGCUCUAGCUGGCUAUGGAUAGGUCAGCAGAGUGUGGGCGGGCGGUCUCUGUGUCUCUUAGAACCAAUCAACAUCCAGUAUAUAAUAUGAACAUGGUAUCACUUUCAGCCGAGAUGAGAAUGUUCCACUAAAGCCCAGUGUAAGGACUGGGAUCAUACAGGAACAGGUAAACUGGGAGAAGGCUCAUCUAAAGCUCAGUUCUCAAAUCACCCAAUCCAUAGCCAGCCAGCUCUGAUUUUGAUAGGAUAAUAAAAUAGGUUUUAGAAGAUGUUUGUUUGUUUUUUUCUUUUGUGUGUUUUAUACUUUAUCUUGUAAAAAAAAAAAAAGAACACCUGUUUGUUUUUAUUUAUAAAAAGCAUGUUACAACUA